GCAGGAUGUGUGUGUGAGUGUAGUCUGAGUUUGGGUUAGCUUAUUGUAACAACAGUGUUUGACUUUGGCUGAAUCAAGAUGUUUGUUACGGCAACGAUUUUGGUGUUUGUGGUUUCACUGCUGGGUCCGUCAUGCACGAACGGAUCUAAAGACAACCCCACAGGCUCUCCUCCUGAAAUAGCCCCGCCCCCAGGAAUGGAUUUUGACAUUGUACGUAACACAAGUACCUCCGAUGAUGACAAAGUGUGUGUAGCACUGACAUGCACCUAUAAAUACGACAAAAAGUCCACUCAAAUCUCAUACCUCGAAGUUGCCUACAAGCCCCCUGGAGAAACAAACAUAGUGUAUCAAACUCAAGUUAUGUUCUUCGGGGCAUCUAAACCCAUUCAUGUUUCGAAGGAAUUCGUCAUUUCUUCUUCAAGUGGAAUUUCGAGUCCAGAAGACGGCAUAAUUCAGAUUUCGGCGUCUUUUAAGGCGAAAAACAGCAGCAGCACCACCACCACUACCACCACCAGCAGCAGCAACGCAACGAAGUGCUUGCGUCUCACCUCCAGUUCGUUCAAAUGCAAAGCAAGAACAACUUCACAGGGAAAAGACUCUUUUGUCAGUUACACCAAAAAGCCAUUUGUCAGCCCACAACUCCCCGCCUCCCCUCCCCACAAUCAAAACACGACGUCGAUGACGUCACAAGAUCUGACUAACCUUAACACUAAACUGACUCAGAUCAUGGACACAGUUAAAACUUUGCUGAACAAUCAGAACCGUAUCAUGACCUCGGACGAAGCCCGUGACGAAAUUAUCUCGCCGCUAGGGGGCGGAAUUGAGCAGAUUCAUUCAACACUGGACGGAUUGUCCCAAAAACUGGAGACAUGUUCUUCGCAGACUGCGAAUGUGCAAAGCCUUCUGACGUCACAGGCUUCAACGCAAGAUGGCAGUUCCGGUUCUAGUGAGAGACGGGACUGUCCUGGGCAGGGCUUUUCUGUCAGACGGAUCAAAGACUGUAGUUUCGCUCCCGGGAAAACCGCGAGGGAGAUUCAAACCCUAACCACCGGCGUUCAAGUUGUCUGUGACUCCUCCAUAGACGGCGGCGGCUGGAUGCUUAUACAGAAACGCUGGGAACUCCGAGUGGACAUGGUACUCAAAGGAAAACCCUACUUCGCCCAGUACGCCUACUUCAAAAUCCAGCCAGAGAGUCUCAACUACGCCCUCCUCGUGGGGGGCUACUCGGGGACUGCAGGGGACAGCCUCAGUUACCAUAGCAACAACGGCUUCAGCACGGAAGACCGAGACAACGACCGGAGCUCUGCGCUCCACUGUGCCCGCUCCCUUAAGGGGGCGUGGUGGUACAACAGCUGCCACACGUCCAACCUUAACGCUCUCUACGGCUCUCGCGAGAAGUCUCAGGGGCUCAACUGGAUGUCUCUGACGGGCGAUAGCGACACUGUGGACAUGUCGGAAAUGAUGAUACGACUGGCUAAAUGAUUAUAUAACAGGCUGGAUUGGAAAUGUUGGAAAUGAUGAUAUGUUGGCUAAACGAUGACCUGACUGGCUUGAUAAUAAAUGUCAGAAAUGAUGACACGACUGGCUUGAUAAUAAAGGUCAGAAAUGAUGACA